GGAAUGGGGGAGCCCCACUGCUCACCCCCCAGGAGUGGGAGACCAUCCCCAUGCCUUUUGUCUUCCUUUCCUCUGGCACCUGUGUGCCCCGUCCCCAAAACCCGCGGUGCAAAAUCCUCUUAGGCAGCUCCCUUGAUCCGCUCUGGCUCGUUAGGAAUAACGAGGUCAUUACUGGGGGAUUAAUGAGCUGCGGCUCGGCAGAGCUUUGAAGGUGCCAGGUUCCCACCGGGGCUGGGGCCCCUGGGGGCUGCAGGGGGUUGGGAGGGAGUAGCUCUGGGCUGUUGGGGUGCUGGCACCCCAAAAUCAGGGAUGGGUGCUCUGGGGAAGGUGGGGUGUCCGUACCCUGCUGUGCUGGGACAGAUUGCAGGGAAGCCUCUGUCCCCUCGUGUCCCCAUGGUGUGUGGGCUACUGUGGAAGGGGAGGGCUGCUUUUGGGGUCCCUGUGCCUCAGUUUCCCCAGACAGAUCGCCGUCACUGGGUGAGGGAGCAGCAAGGAGGAAAAGGGCACGCUGGAAAUGCCACAGUGUUGCAGAUUCCCUUUUUUUGUUUCCUUAAACAUGGAAAAACAAACAAAAAGCUGUUAAAUACCAUCCCAGCUGCUGCCACAGCGUCAGCCAGGGACGCUGGCCAAGGGAAGUGACCAGGUGACAGCCUGGCAUGCCUCCCUCAUGGCAGGGAUGGAGCCAAAGGGGAGCAGAAGAGGCACAGGGAGGGGGGUAUGGGGUGGAAAGGGACCCUGGAGCACCCCAGGGCUGAGCUGAAAUGUACCCUCCCAAGGGGGACUCCAGCUUCACCCCUGAGAGCUGGGACAGGCUUCUUCCACCCCUUUCCAGCUCCUGCUGCUGUCCCACCCUCAUGGAAGUGCCUGCAGUCUCUGCCUACUGUGAGGUGGGGGUGUCACUCAAGGGGCUGGAGCUGUGUCCCCCCCGAUGCCCCCAUUCAAGGAAUGCUCCUCAUUGCCCUCCUUUCCAGGCCCUUGUGUCCCAAAAAGCAGCAGAGUGGCCCUGGAGAGGGGCAGUGCUGUGCCCAGGGGUGGUGUGGGAAGGAAGCAGGGAUGUUUUUUUGGCACCAAAGACGAUCUCCAUGAGGAGCAGGGCAAUCCCAGAGCUCUCCCCUGCUCGCUGCCUGCCAGCAGUGCUGCUCGGGGGGGGUUUGCAGCCCAGUUUGGGACAGGGCACUGAAAUCCUGUAUUCUGCUUUCACUGCUGUGUGCCUGGCACUGGGGCAGAGCUGGCACAGUGUGGGAUUCCCAGUGCUCCCUGUUUGGACUGUGUUGGUCCCAGUGCAGUGUCCUCCCACUCCAGGACUCCUUGUGCCCUUUGUUUCCAGGCUGCUCCAGUUUGGCCAGAGCAACACAGGAACCUCCUGAGGCUGCGGGGCUGCGAGCCAGGGCUGGCCCUUCCUCCAGAUCCCUCCUUCCUCCUCCUCCUUCCUGCCUGCUGUGGACAGAACCAGCCCCUCAGAGCAGAGGCUCGGCGGUGGGUGAGGACAAGCAGAGACAUCCCGCGGACACCAGCAUCCGCGGUCAGGCCAUGGCAGCCCAGCCGCUCGGGGGCCAGAAGCCCUUCCACGUCGUUUCACCCGUCCUGGAGAGCCUGUCCCUCUCCAAGGCCGUGGGCACCAAGGUCUUCAUGAAGCUGGAGAACGUCCAGCCUUCAGGAUCCUUCAAGAUCCGGGGCAUCGGGCACCUGUGCCAGGAUGCUGCCAAGAAGGGCUGCCGCCGCUUCGUCUGCUCCUCAGGAGGGAACGCGGGUCUGGCAGCAGCGUACGCAGCCCGGGAGCUGGCCCUGCCCAUCACCGUGGUGGUCCCCAGCAGCAGCGGCCCCACCCCCGUGCGCAAACUGCAGCAACUGGGGGCGACUGUCGAGGUCUACGGCAAGGUGUGGGAUGAUGCCAACAGCAGAGCCCAGGAGCUGGCUAAGACAGAGGGCUGGGUCAUCAUCCCCCCCUUCGACCACCCCUUGGUGUGGGAGGGUCACGCCAGCCUGGUCCGGGAGCUGAAGGACUCUCUGGAGGACAAACCAGGCGCCAUCGUGGUGGCGGUGGGCGGCGGGGGGCUGCUGGCCGGUGUCGUGGCCGGCCUGCAGCAGGUGGGCUGGCAGGAUGUCCCCAUCAUCGCCGCCGAGACGCUGGGAGCUCACAGCUUCCACGAGGCGCUCAAAGCCGGCCGGCUCGUCACCCUGCCCGACAUCACCAGCGUGGCCACGUGCCUGGGAGCCAAGAUGGUGGCGGCGCGGGCGCUGGAGUGUGCCAGGGAGUGCCAGGUGCUCUCGCAGGUGGUGCAGGACGCCGAGGCCGUGCGGGCUGUGCAGCAGUUCCUGGAUGAGAACAGCGCUCUUGUUUCGGAGAUUUAUCCACGGGGAUCCCCGGCCUGGUUUAACACCUGCGGGCUCCGAGGUGUUCUAACAUGUGGAGGGGAUAUACCCCAUCCUAGAACCCCCUUUUUCCCCCCCAUCCCACUCUUUCUCCCUUUCCCCCCAGCUCUCCUGCUCUCCCAUAUUUCCACUCUGCAGCGCUGUGUUUGCUUUUAGCCCUUUCCUGUGGCGCCUCCUGGGGGUUUUUUUGUGUCCUCCCAACAUUUCUCCCCUCUCCUUCCUCCCAUUCCGGGUGAUGCGGGUUUUUGCUCCUGCUGGUGCCCCCCAGCCCCACCCGGUUCCCCUGCUGAGCCUGUGCCCUGUGGUGCUGGGCAGGGAGAGAAGCCUUUUGCUGCCCCCAACCCCUCUCAUCCUCCUCCCUUUUGGAGCAGCCAGCCCCAGGAGCAGCUCACCCACAUCCCCCCACGAGCCCUUUCCCCUGACCUGGCUGCCAACCCCCCAGAAGCCCCUCCCUGCCCUCAGCCCCCUGCCCUGCACCUCCCACCGGUCAAGCCACCUUCCCAGGUGUUUUGUGGAGACCAAACCCCCAUAAAUCAGAGCUCUGCCACUCCAUCGUGAGCAAUAUCUUAUGUAAAAAGGUGUUUCCAGGGAGCACCGAAGGCUGGAGAAUCCUAUUACGAGGCACACUAUUAAUUAUAAGGAGUCAGCCCAACCUACUCCAGCUAUUUUUUAUCCCAGGUCCAAAACCUGAUUACUUCCCACCUUCUGCAGACCUUCUCCUCCCCAAAAAAAAAAAAAAAAAAAAAAAAAAAAGGCAAGAAGGUCAGGAAAAGAAAAGAAAAACAAAACCGAAUAGCAUUGGUGUUUGCCCAACAGCUUUUAAAAAGGAAUUUAUUCCCUUGAUUCUGCUUGGCGGGGGGGUCAGGGCAGUCAGGAGCUCACCAUGGUGAUUCCUCAGCACAGAAGGGUCAGUGCUGGGG